UAGUUUCGGAAGUCAUUUCUUUUCUUACCAUUUGUUUAUCAACAAUUUAAUGUUUGCUGCUGGCAGCGUUUGACGAGAAGUUAUAUAACUUGUGUUAUUAGAACAUUCAUUGGUUUUAUAAGAUGGAAAGUCGGACGAAGUCACAACUUGAACGCCAAUGGACUCGGAAGCAGUCCAUACAAAUGUUGAGAAAGACUUCACUCACAGCAGUCUCCAGCAUCGCGUCGACAAAAGGCACCUCCGAAAAAGUAUUCAAAGUACUUGUCCUGCUGUUUUGCUUGGUGGGAUUCCUCUUCCAAUCUGUCACAUUCUUCUCCUACUACUACGAGUAUCCUACUUCUGUGGAUACUUACAUAGAAAAGCCUCAUUAUACUGAAAUGCCAGGAAUUACCUUUUGUAACACAAAUGGAAUCAACAAAACGAAAUUCUGCUCUGUUUAUCCAGAGGAAUGCCACUUAGCAAGCAAAUCCCUGUGCAGCAAAUAUCCUUCAUAUUGCAAGGCAAACAAAACUUUGGUUCCCAAAAAUUCAUCUUUCAGCAAGAUAGACGAAAUGACUUUAGAAGAAUUUUUGGAAGUUGGCAAUAAAGUGGAAUUAUCAUUCCGGAAGCUCAGUGGUUUCAAUGAUACAGAUCUAAAAGGGCCAUUUAUCAGAGCAAAAACAAUCGAAGGAUACGGAAGAAUGGGAUGCUACAGCUGGUUAACUGUCGUUGACACUCCUGAUGAUCCUUACAUGAUCAACAGAACUUCAGUAAUACAUGAGCCAGUUGCCAAAUUAACCUUCGAUUUGAGUAACGACGACCAGUUCAUUCCUGGACAAAAGGCUGGCAUUUACUUUUCUGUCCAUUCUCCAUUUGUUGAUGAUAAUCCCUAUGAAAAUGGACAUUUUUUUAAACCUGGAAGAGUUUACAAGAUGCACAUUUCUAUGGAAAAGGAAAUAUUGCUACCUGAGCCAUAUCAAACCAACUGCACGAAUUACACGGAAUUGUGGUUAAAUAAUAACAGAACUGGUCCCAGAAUACAAGAAAUGUGCCAACAUAAGUGCAUAUUGGACACUGAUUCCAAGUUUCUGAAUUGCUCAUCGAUAUUUGGCCUCUAUCCGCAUAAUCUCAGAAUAUGUAGUCACGAAGAAAUAGAAAAUAAUAUGGAGAUUCUUUUGAAAUAUGGUUACCCUUGUGUUCAGAAUUGUAAAGAUGAUUGUGCCAAAACAAAGUACCUUGAAGUUGUCAAGAAGCAAUUCAUUAGCGAACUUACCCGAAAUGAAGAAGAGUAUGAGCAUGCAAAGAAAUUGAUUAAAGUAGAAAUCUAUCUGAAAGAUUCUGAAGUUGUCACAUUUCGUCAUCGACCUCGAUAUCUGUACGUUGAAACAUUCAGUACAGUAGGCGGUUUCAUUGGAAUUUGGCUGGGGAUUUCUUUAAUACAGUUGACGGAUUUCAUCGAGACCUUGGCUCGCAUUUUGAAGUUUAUCUACGAAUCAAGAAAGAAAUCCAAAUUUGAGGCAAAGAUUCAUCGAAACUUCGCCAAUAAUUGA